GAUGGCUUUAAUAGUGAAGCUGACAGGAGCUGUCAGUGCUGCUGGAGCCCUGUUGUGUGCAGCUGUCUGCGAUGGGUGCAUGGAGCAGCACUGAACACCUGCAGCUGUUUCCUCCAGACAGACACGCAGACAUAACCCUGCCUUCUGCCUCGCUUCCAGGGUCUUCUGUCAUUUCCUAGAAUCCUGCUAGUUUUCUUUGUUGUUUUCAUCUCUUCCUUUGGAUUGCAGUUUUUUCCUUUGCUCUGCUAUCUAAGAAGUGUUGAAUGGCAGCCUGAACCCCUGACGGAGCAGCUGAGGAAAGGAGCCGGUGAGCCCUGGGAGCGCAGCUGAAGGCAAUGGAGCUCCGGGGCUGGAAGGGGCGGAGCCUGGCUGUCCCUCCUGGAGCUCAGUUCAGAGCUGAGUGCGACAGGGCAGGGGUUUGUUUCUGGAAGGUUCUCAGCUGCAGAGUGGGUUCUGCAGGUGAAUCCUUGGAGAUGGUCAGCUCGUGCUGGAAGUUGGUGGCGUCAUUGUAUGAAUGAAGGUCAGUUCAGGAGCAGCUGCUGAUGGAAGGAAUGAAGUCCACGUUAAUGAGCUGAAGCAUCUCCUGGUAAGGUGUCAGAGCCGGCAGUGAUGUUGAUGAAUCCGUCGCUGUCACCAGCCCGGUGUUCAUGCUUGUUUCCCAGCUUACAUUCUUUUGCAGAGCAGCUGGCCCUUGCAGAUAUGUGACAGCUGGGACCUAAAAAGGCUGCUUUAUUAAACUAAAGAGUUUAAUAGAGAGUCCUUUGAGAUCCUGUUGUUAACCAUUUCUGUAUGAUGAAUAACUGAAAUGUUUUCAGAAAAAUCACUGCAACUUUGAGGAGAGUUUUUGAUAACUUCCAUUACUGUCUAUGGAGACCUUCUUGACUGUUCUGCAGCAGAUACCCUGGUUAUUUUUCCCAAGCUAGUGCUUUUAUAUCUGUUGUUCCUUGAUGUAGAUCAUUAGGGAUUGCCAUGGAAUGCUUUUAUGAAAAAUGGAAUUGUCUCCUGUCCCUUUCUGCCAUUAUGACCAUAAGCUGUUGUGCAGUUUGAAAUGUUUCAGUGGUACUUUAAAGUAAAUAGAGGUUCUCUAAAUUGUCAGUUAUUGAUGUAUCAUGUGAGUGUUAGAAGCUGUAAGCUGCAGAAAUGCACUUGAGAUAGAUGAGCUAGUCUUGGAGAAAGGUGUCUGCCACGAGGAGCAGAUGUUUCAGCAGAGCUCUUCCAGUACCAGCUGACGAGCCAUCCGUGAGUCUCAGUGGAUCCCUGAAACUUAGGAAGGUUAACGAGGUGGAGUCCAGCACCAGUAGCUGCUGGGUGCCAGCUGGAUGGGAAGCAGCUUUGCAGAAGAGGACCUUGGGGUCUUGAUGAGCACCUGGUUGUACAUAAACCAUCAGUGUUGCUAAGGAGGGUAAUGCUGUCCUGUGCCACGUGAGCCAAAAUAUUGCCAUCUCAUCAAGGGGGGGGAUGCUUGGUGUCUCUUCAUGUCUAUUGGUGAGGCCAUAUCUGGACAAGUGUGUUUAGCUCUGAUCUCCUCAGCACAAAAGAGAUGUGGAGCUAAUGAAGGUAGUCCUAACUAAGGACCACCAAGGUGACUGAGAGACUGGAGCAUCUCACGUUAUGAGCUGGAACUGUUGAGUGUGGGAGAGCGCUCAGAGGAUCUCAUCAGUGUUCAGAAAUACCUGAAGAAAGUGGAAAGAGAAAAGAGCCUGGCUUUCUUCAGUGAACGGGGGCAAUGGGCACAAAGUUGCACGCAGCAGGGUCUCUCUGUGUGUGGGGAAGCACUUACGUAGUGUGCAGAUGAUGGCGUAGCGGCACAGGUUGCCCAGAGAGGUUGUGGAAACUCUCUGAGAUGUUCAGGAGUUACGUGGAUGUGGUGUUGAGGGCGGCCUCUGAGUGGCCGUGCUGCAGCAGUCUGGUUGCAGUACGUGGCCUCCAGAGAGCCCUGGUAAGCUCAGCUGUUGUGUGAGGUGUAUUCUGCUGCCUGCUUCUGCCAGUGCUCUCCUGGCGCUCCAUCACUUGGAACAAAUUCACAGAUGCCUGGGAUGAGCUACACGUGAAUGUUGUAUGCUUUUUAUGUUUCUGAAAAAUGCCUUUUGCUGAUGAUUUGAGCAGUCUGGGCAGUUUGUCCAUGUCAGCACCAGUGCUGUGGUGCAGUCGGGAAUUGGAAACAUCUCUGCAUCUGUGAGCCUUAAUGCAGUUACGUGCAGCUUAUGUUGUGGAUGAAGGGGAGGUUUCUGUUCCACCACAGGCUCCAAACUGGAGCCCUGCUGUCUCUAGGAGCAAGAAAUAUUUGUAUCCUGGUGUAAUUUUAAGCCACAAACCUGAAGUCUUGCUGUAUGGGAACUGCUGAGUCACGGCCUGAACCUCUGAUUGAUCACCUGAGGUGAGCCAUGAGUCAGCCAGAGGAGCACAGGUGAAGGCAAUUCAGCUGUGCUGCCGGAAGGGGUGGAGCCAGGCUCCCCCCCUCCUGGACCUAUUUAAGAGCUGGCUACCAGAGGGGAAGGAUCUCUUCUGGAGAUCCUCCUCUUUGAUAUCUUCUAGUGAGCUCAACCCAAGGGUAAGCUCUUCUACUUAUUCUCUUUUGUGAUCCCUGUUUGCUGUGCCUUACUCUUUUGAUUAUAUUGCAAUUAUAACAUCUUGGUUAUACAUAUUGCAAUUAUAACAUCUUGGUUAUACACUUGGCGAGCCAGGCAGGCUGAAUAUUCUAAAAUUAACAUGUCUUUCCUGUGGAAUUUCUAUAAAUGGGUCAAGGGGGAGAACAAUACUCCCCUAGAGAAAAUGAUUCCAGGGCAGAUCCCAGGGUUUGAGGGAUCGCCCUAUUACGAGUUAGCUGCCAUCAUUGAAAAAUGGGGUCCCUUACGUGUUAUGGGCAAUCUCUCCCCAUAUCGCAUGGCAGACUAUUUUCAAGGACUUGGCAAGGACAUUCUCAUCACCAAAGAAAGACAAUUGGCUGCCUCCUUGGUGGCAUGGCCACUAUUAACCGCUUUAAAUCAUGCGGACUCAAGAAAUAAUACUUUAGAAACCGAAAAUCAACUUUUGAAAGAUCGCAUUGAAAAGUUAGAGCACGAACUUGGCGUUUUAACGGGGAAGAAGCCAAUUCUACAUCUUCCUGUAAGCCAAAUUCGUAACAUUUCAAUAAAUGAUGACCAGGCUCCUGAAUCAACAGACUUCGUUGAUCAGGACAACAAGAAAUCCAAAUCAGACCUUGAAUGUCCAAUUCAAACUGAUCCAUUGGAGGUCCGUCCUGUGAUAACCCAAAAAACAAAAAAAGUACAGGACAGACCGGCAGGGGUGCCACCUGAUCAAUGGCCCCCUGCCCACACUCAUUUACAUGUGACAGCUCGGCCAUACACAGCAACAGAAUUAAUGGAUUUAGUACAGCGAUUUCGGCAGAAGCCCAGAGAAAGUGUGCCGGCUUGGUUAUUGAGACUGUGGGAUUCUGGGGCAGAAAGUGUCGUGGUGAAUGGCCCAGAAAUAUCUAAGUUGGCCACCAUGACUGUCCAUCCUGCUCUUAGGCAAAGGUUAUACGUGGGCAAUCAAUAUCGUGAUGAAAACCAUUCCAUACUGGAAUGGUUAAUGGCGGCCUGCCGUAUGGUAUGGCCAAAUAAAUCAGACAUACCGUUACAUACAGGUAUGUGGUCCUCCAUGGAGGACCUUCAGAACUAUAUCCGUGAACUGGGUGUAAGAGAGGCCAUCUAUGAAGAUACAUUUGAUGGCCCUGAUAUGGUUAAAUUUUCAGCAGGGAUGAGAGAUUUAAUUCUACAACAAGCUCCCUCCCAUCUGUACGGUACCUUAGUUUCAAUAUUAAAUCCCCUUGUAGCAUCAGAAGCCGUAGUCCAGCAGGUUGCCCAGUUAGUUGCCGAUUUGGGAGAAACAGAACGCCUGCGGACUAGGCGCAAUAUUCGGUUUUUGGAGGAAGCAGAGGUCCUGCCGGUAAAUAAAACCAGAAUGCCGGCUACUCGAGCUCCUCGAUCGGGACCCAUAAGGGUAUCCCGAAAACAAAUGUUUAAUGAUUUAAUUCGGGCUGGGGUCCAAUUUGCUAAGAUCGACCGCCAGCCCAAUCACGUCCUUCUCCAGCUCUGGAGACAACUAAAGGACAAUCAAAAAUUCCAGAGCUACCCUAAGAAAUCCAGGGUAAGAGCUAUAGAAAGGGUUCCAACAACAACAUGGAACCUAGAAGAUUUUAUUGUUCCAAACAGGAAAAAGAAGCCACCUCAGGUGUCUCGGGCCACAAUGCCUGAGCCAUCAGAAGCAAAAGAACUGGCCCUAGCACAAUUCAUGCACUGA